AUGUCAGGCACCAAAGCACAAAGGACGAAUGAAGAGAAGGGAAUCAAUGCCGCGCGCGAAUUGUCAAUGAAGAAAUUUGAGGAUCGUUAUGCGGAGCCACCAGCUUAUAGCUCUCGCCCACCAUCUUCCAAUGAGGCCCCUUCCAGAACCGUACCAAACGCAGAAGAAUUGAAUUUCCAACCAAGUCCACUCGAGAUUCCAACACCUGCCGAGUGCAUCGCGCAUCUCAAGUUGCUACAUGCGUUUGCGAAGCUCAGGCAUGAGGUUGGCAACCACGAAGGCCUCUUCGGCAUUAGCAUGGGUGACACCGGUGCCAAACGCCAAACGGGUGGUCACUCAGGAUCGAAUGGACCAAAUCAGUCCGGAGUAGCUCAUGAGCAAGACGCCGCGGCAGCUGGCAUUGACACUCACACUUCGGAUACUGAUGCCAGCUCCAUCGCCGGGCUCGCGGAACGCAUUCGAGGCAAGCGAUGGGCAGUUUUUGUUACCAAAGCUGUUGCUCGCUUUGAGAAAUGGUGGGAACUAAUGCAGGGUCGAUGUAACUGGUACAGACCUAUCAGAACUGAUGACUUCGAAGGAGAGGAUGUGACACAUGCUGGAGAUGGAUACGAUAACAGCGAGGCGUUCUUCUUGCCUCCGCUGGACGUCCUGAUGGUGUGGCAUGCUUACAUGCUCAACCCUAGGAUAUAUCUCGAAGACUCCGUGCGCUACACCAAGCCUACCCUUUGGCGGACUGCAUUUCCGUGGGCGCGUAUCUACCAGAUCAUCGAUAAAGAGACGUUCGAGUACAGUCCAGGAACUGAAUCUGUUUUUGAGCAGGCUACUAGACUUCGCUGGAACUCGUUGCAAGAUGAGCAGUCUGUUCCCGAGACUCUGGAAAUAUACCUGGCAAAUGACACUGGCUUCGCAGGAUCUGAAUUUGACCAUCGCUGCUCGACUUGUAGCUUGGUCAUCACGCACGAGAAGCUCAGGGUCGGCAAAUUCUGCGAUGACACAGACAGUCUUAUACAAAACAAGCGUCCCCUCUCAGGCACCAUUCUGAAUGCCUGGGGAGAGCCUUCAGGGACUACCACGGGCAAGAAACUCGGCACGCACGACGCCUUCUUCCCCCAUCGCGUUAUCGAGACGAAGACAGAAUUCAGAGGACCUUGGAUUCGCCCGCGGAUGUCCAAAAUGACCAUGGAAUUGCUCAAACUCAAUUUCCAGAAUCUCAUGCGAACACAGUCGGAUGUCUUACUGGUGAAUGCGCAGCAGAAGAAACCAUACUUUAUCGCCAAGGCAAGUCGCAUUGCUGUACGUAAAGUACUGAGCCACUAUUGGGACAAUUCAAGCGUUUUCGGCAUCGAUCUCGUUGGCGCCGUCCUACGCCAGGGAGUCUUCGUGCAGAAAAUGACGAAGCUGGACUGGCUGCAUAGCCCGACGCUAAUGUCAACGACUCAACGACUUAUCGUGAAGUACCAUCGUUUCGUUCGUCUCGCAGCCGAAAACCCACAGAAAAUCGUGGUACCGACUUUGGACGUUGACUUGGCUUGGCUCACUCCGAAGUCAUACUAUGCCUACACCAUGGCUGAAACCAAGAAAUUUCUGAACCAUGACGAUAAGAUUCCUGAGUCGAACUUGCACAACAGCUUCCAGUUCACCUCGCUUGCCUACGAAAAGAAGUACGCCCAACCAUACUCAGAAUGCUGUUGCUGGUACUGCGAGUGUACGCGCGAACCCCUACGGUCCAGCUUUCUCUCCAAGCUCUCAUCUCGCCGAACAUCUCUCAGCAUCCCCACUCUCACCAACGAGAAAGGCUUCACGACAAACCCACACGAAGGCGUGCAUCUGAGUUCGCACAACGCGCUUCCGAUGCCCAGAUCAGCCGAGCAAAAGCGAAAAGAGCUGGAAGACUUGGAUUUGCAGUACGCAAAGGUUUUGAAGAGGUAUCAGAAGCAGAAAGCGGCGGAGCCGAAACGCGACGGUAACGAUGCAUAUGUCUAUGGAGCGUAUGGAUAUCCGAUGUAUUACCCCAUGCCGAUAUAUGUACCGUACUAUGCGGAUCCAAGCGCGGGUGAGCAUGCGAGCGCUGAUGUUGCAGGCACAGGCGGUUGUGCAGCGGGAACUUGUGGGGCGGGUACAAGCAUAGGAGCCUGUGCUGGCGGUUUGGGGACGCCGGGGUGUGCGGCAAGCUGUGGUGGGCACGGAGGAGCAGAUGGCGGAUGUGGAAGUUGUGGUGGAGGCGAUGGGGGUGGUGGAGGCGGAGGAGGCUGUGGUGGGUGA